UGUACAGAUGGGCGGGGCGCAGGAGCGUGCACAGUGUGGAAGUAAAUAAACGCUCCCGUGAACGCGCCCGAGCUCCUCAGAAGCUACCGUGAGACCUGCGUUUCUUUUGACGGCCUGUUUUUAGAUUUGGAGGGGGUGUUCUUUCUCCUGGGUAGCAGUGGGUUGCGGGGAGCUUGUCUUUGUGUAGGGGGCGGGUUCUCCUAGCGCACUGUAUAUUGGCUGUGUGCUGUGUUGGGGGUUGGUGCGGGUUCUGCUGUGUUUUUGCUCUUGAGCCGCUCCUGUAACAGCUGUGACCAGUGCAUAGUAACCUAGGUCCCCCAUAGUAGUGUCCCAGGGCCCCCAUAGUUGUCUCCCAGGCCCCUCUGUACCUGCACAUUACUGUAUACAUUCUAUGCAUUGGCCUAGAGGAGUGCAGGAGAAGCUUCCUGACCACUCCUGAGCCCAUAGGACUCCUGCCCCUCUGCAUGCAGUGCCUAAAUCUAGGGGAGGGCAGGCUGCACUGUUGCUCAGUUUACACCCCAUACACAGAUCCCGUAGAAUGGCCUCCGAAGUACACAAGACGCCCAUGUUUCAGCCCAGCUGUGACCGCAGAGGAGGCGCCGAACCCAUAUCACCUGCCUCAAGAGCCCAAACCCACCUGGAGCGGAACUGUAACAAGGAGAAUGACCAGCAAGGAGCCGCUCGACCGCCUUCAGAAUGUCCUGGAAGUGACCAAAGUAAUCCCAGUGAGGCCCCGGUGCCCAGCACCAACCCCUGGACCAAGAAGGGUAACAUGGCCCCUGCUAACAGCACCGUCGUGAGUGCACAUACAGGUUUGCAGUGUUCAGCAAAAAUUGUACGGGCUGGAAAACCUGCUUCUAAGAAGGCUAGUGACUUCAAUGAUAUCACAAACUGGCCAACUCCAAGUGAAAUUGCCAACAAUAGGUGUCAACACCUAUCCUCAAACCAGCAAAAUAUAUCUGCUAAAAAGGCGAAGUGCAAUGAUGGCACAAUUGAGGGGACUAAUAGCAAUGUAUGCAAAGAGAAUUGUGAGGUGGAUGCUCAAACUGCUGCCUCUAGGAAGAAAGCAGUUGUGAAACAAAAAUGGGUACCAUUGCGCCUGGAGGACAAGAAAACUGAUGAUUUGGAAAAUCAGAGCUCUCACUUGGAUUUGCAAAUUCAACCUGAAACAAGUAAAAAAACGAAACAAGGAAAUUACUUUGAUGCUUGGCAACGAGAGAGAAAAAAUGACCAGGAUGAUGUUAUGAGCACCAAAAGUGAAUCCAGCAGUGUAAGAGAAAACUUUAGAGGACGAUCCAGAGGCAGAGGAAGAGGACGAGGAAGGGGUCGGUAUGGUAUACACAACUUCAACAAAGGUACUCGGCCCUUUCAGAGUAUGCUUUCUGAAGAUAUUACCAGUAUGAUGUAUUAUUAUGAUGAUGGGUCUGGGGUGCAGGUAUAUAAAGUGGAUGACAAGUUGCUGAAGGAGUAUCUUAAACGUCAGAUUGAGUACUACUUCAGUUUGGAAAACCUGGAAAGAGAUUUCUUUCUCAGGCGGAAGAUGGAUGCCCAGGGAUUUUUGCCACUUUCUCUCAUUGCAGGAUUCCAUCGAGUGCAGUCUUUGACUACAGAUAUCGGUCUUAUUUGCGAGGCUUUGAAGAACAGCACAGAAGUAGAGAUGGUAGACCAGAAAAUAAGGAAAAGAGUGGAUCCAGAAAAAUGGCCAAUCCCUGCUGCUCCAUCUCAAGAAAUUAAGCAUACUGACUUUUCUAGAUUAAUCAACUGUCCUGAAUUUAUACCUGGAAAGCUGCAGGUGUAUCAUACAGGAUCUACCCCUAGUUCUCCAAGGAAGGAAAGUCCUUUAUUUCACAAUGCAAGGAAUGAGCCAAGCAAUUUACAAACUAUGUCAAAAGGCUUGUCUGCAAGUUUACCAGAGUUAGAUUCUGAGCCAUGGAUCGAGGUGAAGAAAAGACAUAGACAGCCUCAAGUAAAACCAAAGGUGGAAAGUCCUCAAGUGACACCUAAACCCCAAGCAACUGAAGAAGUUGAGCAAGAAGAACUUGACUUCAUGUUUGAUGAGGAGAUGGAGCCUCUACAAGGCCGCAAAAAUAAUUUCACUGAUUGGUCUGACAAUGACUCGGAUUAUGAAAUUGAUGAUCAAGACAUUAAUAAAAUCCUCAUUGUAACACAGACCCCUCCUCAUCUGAGAAAACACCCGGGAGGAGAUCGUACUGGCAAUCAUGUGUCUCGAGCCAAAAUUACUGCCGAACUAGCUAAGGCUAUAAAUGAUGGUCUUUAUUACUAUGAGCAGGACCUGUGGACAGUAAAUGAUGAACAGGAUAAUCUAGUAACAAAGCAGGAAAUCGAACAUUUCAGGAAACUAAAUUUCAUCAGUAAAGAAGAAUUUGAUAGUCUGGCACCAGAAACGCUGACCGAUCCAGAGGGUGGGCAGUCCCCACCAAAUAUACCAAUUUUUCCUGAAGCUACAGCGAUUCCAGAAUCUCCAGUGUCCCACCCUGCUAGAACACCCAAGACUCCACGUACGCCACGCCUGCAAGAUCCUACUAAAACCCCAAGGUUUUACCCUGUUGUAAAAGAAGCCAAAUCUAUUGAUAUCCAGACUCCAAGAAAAAAGAAAACCCGACACAGUUCAAAUCCACCUCUGGAAUAUCAUGUUGGUUGGGUAAUGGAUUCAAGGGAACACAGACCUAGGACCUCUUCCGUAAGCAGUUCCAAUGCUUCUCCAUCAGAUGGGACCCAGCUUGUAGGAAGCUAUGGGUGUACCCCUCAUUCUCUACCUAAGUUUCAGCACCCGUCUCAUGAACUCCUAAAGGAAAAUGGAUUCACACAACAAGUGUACCAUAAGUAUCGGCGGAGGUGCUUAAAUGAAAGAAAAAGAUUGGGAAUUGGGCAGUCCCCAGAGAUGAACACACUAUUCCGAUUCUGGUCCUUUUUUCUCAGAGAUCACUUCAACAGAAAAAUGUACGAGGAAUUUAAACAGCUUGCUGUGGAAGAAGCAAGAGAGAACUACAGAUAUGGGCUGGAGUGCCUGUUUAGAUUUUAUAGCUACGGACUGGAAAAGAAAUUCAGACCAGAUCUAUUCAAGGAUUUUCAAGAAGAGACUCUAAGAGAUUAUGAAACUGGUCAGCUGUACGGAUUAGAGAAAUUUUGGGCUUUCCUCAAGUAUACUUCAACAAAAAACCUGUCUAUAAACCCUACAUUACAGAACCUUCUGAGCAAGUUCAAGAGACUUGAAGACUUUAAAGUUGAUCCACCAAUAGCUGAAGAACCUGGACAACGCAGAUAUCCAUCCAUUUCUGCAAAUGAAGAGACUGGCCGGCGCAGACACCGCUCAGGGUCUUCAAGAACAGGUGCUGCCUCAAAACACUCAGCUGCCCUACAUUCUCAGGGAAACCAAGUUUCCACCACAAAGUAAACUUUCAACAGGCUGGUCUAAGGUCUGCUACUCAGAAAAAAUCCAUUUGGAGCAAUGGACUCCAGUCUAGCACCAUACUUAUACAUAAUAGAGGUGCUUCAGAUUAGUGUGGUGUUUGAUCAGCGUGACCAGGGCAAGCAGUGAAGUUUUGUGUGGUGUGUGGAUUGGUUUGCAAGGUUAAAAGCGUUUUUAUCUACAAGAAGACACAAAUGGUUUCCAGCUUUCACAUAUGUAAGUUACAGGAUGCCUUGUGUUUCUAAAAGUUAUUAGAAGCAUCUUUUAAGAAGCCAUAUCAGUGUUGCCCUCCCCUAAAACCAAAAUUUCUUAAUAGCGGUUACAUUUAUGAAAUCCAAUUAUCCAGGUUUUUUAUUUUAAAUUAAUUUUUUAGAUUUUGAAUUGUAGCAAUGCCUUGUGAAUAUGACUGUUUUCACCAUAGGAUCUUUAAGUAUUGUUAAAUAAUCCUCUUUAUUGUGAAUUGCACUGUAUUACUAUGUCUUCUGAAAUAAGGGCAAUCAUGGAGUUAAUAAUUUUUCUCUGCAAAUUCUAUUUUAUGUGCAGUAUAUUGCUUGAUAUUCUUUUCAGUAAUAAUCAGUAGGACAUAUAUGCAAACUUGACAUGUUCUCUUUGAAUGGGAUGUUCUAUUGCUUUAUAAAAAAAAUAAAAAUAUCUAAUUUUAAAAAGUUUUAAAGUUUGAUUUCUAGGGAGGACAUUUCAAUUUAUUUAAUAGAAUAAAGAAUGUAUAUAAAUGGGCACACAAUUCUAUGUGGAUGCAUUUCUUGUUUUUAGUAUGAUUAGAGUUCCCUACACAGAAAUAAAAUGUAUAAUAAUGUAAAUUAGGCUAUCCCUAGUGAUGAGUGCAAGUGGCCAUCUUUUCAUCAAUGAAGUUAUUGUAUCUAUGGAGCAUUUUAUAAGAAAGAAUAUUGGACCUGUUAAUGAGUUGUGGGAUAUUACAGACCACAAGUGAGUUUCUGUCUGUAUUCUUUCUGGAGCUUUGUACAGGUACAUUUUUGGCUUUUAUUAUCUUUACCAGUAAAAUACACUUGGUCCCAUCAGGAGUCUCCUUUAAACUACUGCUUUAUAGAACAUAUAACAGAAAAAUGUAUUUCUGCAUUACCUGUAUAUAGAAAUGACUGAAGUAUACAUGAGUUUUGGUUUGUAACUCUGUGUAGAAAUGUGUGAAACUUUUUUUUAAUAUAUAAAUAA